AUGGCGACCGACACGCUUAGCUUGAAUGUGAGCCUCCCAAGUGGUCUUUGCAAAGCGGUGGAAGUGCCAAAGAGCUCCAAGGUUCUGGACCUGAAGCUGGCGGUUCAGAAGUCCAUUGGUCAGCACUUUCUGCGACUGAUCAGUGCUGACGGUCGACUUUUGAAAUUGACCGAAACUUUGGAAGAGCUUGGAAUCCAAGACGGAGUGUUGGGAUUUCUUUUUUCCCAGGUGCAAGAGGUGCAAGCGACUUGCCGUGCUUUUGCAGCCAUUUGUGCUGAUGGCACGGUGGUCACAUGGGGCGAUGAGGGUGCGGGUGGCGACUGCUCGGCGGUUGGCCGUGAACUGCGAGCUGUGCGGAGUGUUGCCGCCACGAAAGGGGCUUUUGCUGCCCUGCUGGCUGAUGGAACCAUUCUCCAACAUGUGCAGAAGAUCUAUGCCAAUGACGCCGCAUUCGCAGCGCUUCGUGGCGAUGGAACAGUUGUUACCUGGGGCAGUUGGCCACACGGUGGUUCUAACGAUCACGUGCAGGAUCGUUUGCAUAAUGUGCAGGAGAUUUGUGCUGCAGAGUCAGCAUUUGCUGCUUUGAGGGGUGAUGGAGAAGUUGUUUCAUGGGGCACUUCAGACCGUCUCAAGAACGUGAAGAGGAUUUAUUCCGCCAGGACUGCCUUCGCGGCACUUCUUCUUGAUGGAAGUGUUGUUACCUGGGGUUCUCGGUCAAGUGGUGGUGAUAGCAGUGAUGUCCAGGAGAGUCUUGAACAGGUGCAAGAGAUUUUUUCCACCUCCAUGGCCUUCGCAGCAAUUUGUCAAGACAAAAGCGUGGUGACCUGGGGUGAUCCAAAUGCUGGUGGCGACAGCAGUAGUGUGAAGAAAAGGUUGAAGAACGUGGAAACCAUCUUUGCCACCAAGCAUGCCUUCACUGCACUUUUGGGAAAUGGCACCAUUGUCACCUCGGGUGUGCAGAAGCUUCAUUCUUCUGCAGCUGCAUUCGCAGCCAUCCUUCGGAAUGGACGUGUUGUGGCAUGGGGCAAUCCGGAGGCGGGUGGGAACGUCCAGACGAUCUCCGCCAGUGCGGGCGCGUUUGCAGCGAUUCUGAACGAUGGCCGAGCGGUGGCCUGGGGUGAGCCGGAAGAAGGCGGUGACGCGAGCGAGGUGAAGGAGCAGUUGCGAAACGUCCGCAGCCUCAGCGCGACGCACCGAGCCUUCGCAGCACUGCUGGAGGAUGGCAGCGUGGUUUGUUGGGGCGAUAGCUACAACGGCGGCAGCUGCGAGACCGAGCAGGAGCUGAUCAUGUGGCGCCGAGUCUUUUUCGACCUUUGGGUGAGAUGGUGA